AUGUGUAUAAUUAAAAAUAGUGAAAAAAGUCUUAGGAAACUUUUAAUCAAGAAAUUCAUUUAUGACGCUCAAGAUGAACAUUUUUGGGACGAUUCUCUUUUGCUUAUUCGUAUAAUUUGUGAAAAUUGUCCUUUAAUAGAACAUUUAUCAAUUGUAUUUCCACCAUCAAAGAGUCAUUACAUUGAAUUCGAAAAUUUAUUAAAAUCAUGUCAAAGAUUGGAGGCGUUAUCAUUGAUUUUAGAGCAUAUAAACAAUAGGUUUGAUGACAGUUUAUUCGAACAAAAAAAGUUGGAGGCUGGACAAAAAUUAUCUGAUAUAUUGAUUAGGUCCGCGCCAAUUAGGUUAAGAGAAAUCAAUGAUUUUAGAUUUUCACCUAAAACCCUACGUGAAGUUUUAGAGGACUGGAAAGGUUUACCAACGAUUUCUAUUCUUUUAUCAAACCCUGAUUAUCAAGAAGAAGAAUAUAUAGAUUCAAAGUUCUUUUCCGAAUUUUUAUCAUCCGGAUAG